AUGGCCCAGAAACUCAUCCCGGGCAUCCCACACCCAACUCGCAUUGCAAUUUUGCAGCAAACAGACGACCAAGAUGACAACAUAUAUGGACUCGAUCUUAACCAGGACAAGUCUGUUUUGGAAACCGUUCUCACCAGUGAUGAAACUAGAAAUGAAACUGUUCGCAUGGCGGACUGUGAUUUCGACACCGAGGAUCCGAUGCAGCCUGUGCGAGCGAUUCGAAAGAUCCGACAUCAGAAAGCAGAAAAGCAUCUGUUCCUAGCACAUAAGAAUGCAAGUCUGAAGAGUGGCGCCCGGGGUCUACAAGCGAGAAAGGACUUGAAAGCUGCUGAAGGAAAACUCGAAGCUGCAUCAGAACUGCUGGCCCAGGGUGUAGAUGCAAUCGACCCGGAGGCAGUCCAGUCAGAUACCCAAGCUGCUGUUGAGAUGUUACAAAAUCUUCAAUCGCAACUUGAAGAUAUGAAACUUGUGGACAUGGAGCAGCAAGCCCGUCAGAUUCUCAUUGGUCUCGGUUUCAACGAAGAUGGGUUCGAGAAGAAAAUCUCCACGCUCUCGGGUGGCUGGCGUAUGCGAUGCAUGCUAGCCAGCGUUUUGGUCCAAGACCCUGACAUCAUGAUACUUGACGAGCCAACCAACUAUCUGGAUCUUCUAGGAGUAGUAUGGCUAGAAAGCUAUCUGAAACAGCUUCGAGAAACAUCAGAGACAACCAUCGUUUUGGUUUCACAUGACAGAGAUUUCAUCAAUGCUGUCUGCGAAGAGAUUGUGAUCCUUCGAGAUCAGAAACUGACAUAUUUCAAGGGAAAUCUAUCUGCAUACGAGGAAGAUUUCGAGGCACAGAAGCUCUACCUAGGACGGAUGAAGGAGGCCCAGGAGCGACAGGUUGCUCAUAUGGAAGCCAGUAUCCGGGAGAACAUGAAGAUCGGAAAGAAGACUAACGACGAAAAUAAAAUGCGACAGGCCAAGUCACGACAGAAGAAGGUUGAUGAUCGGAUGGGUCUUCAAGUCAGCGCGACCGGGGGGCGAUUCAAGCUGAACCGUGAUCUGGUCGGAUGGCAUCUCCAUAAUCGGUCUGAGAUCGAUGUUCCGACGGAUGAGAAGGGCGCGACUAUGAGUUUGCCUGAUGCAACGGAGUUACGGUUCCCUGGACCGCUGGUUUCGCUCGAAGGAAUUGCCUUCCAGUAUAAGAAAUCCGAUCGCAUCAUCUUGGACAACGUGAAUUUGGUAGUUCACCUGGGUGAUCGUGUCGGAAUCAUGGGUCUCAACGGAUCGGGGAAAACCACUUUGCUCCGCGUGCUGACGGGGCAGGUAUCUCCUUCCAAGGGUAAGGUGUCAACUCAUUCCCGGCUGAAAAUGGGCUACUAUAGCCAGCAUUCGGUGGAAGAGCUGCAAGAAAAAGGCCGAGGCGAGCCUAGUCUGACCGCGCUGGGCUUGUUGACGGCUGAGACCGAGGGAUCCUUGAAUGAGGGUGCUAUCAGAGGUCUACUUGCUUCAAUGGGGCUAGCAGGUCGCACUGUAUCUGAUGUCCCCAUCUCCAAACUAUCAGGUGGACAAUUGGUCCGCCUUGCGUUGGCUCGGAUUGUCUGGAGCGCACCGCAGCUUCUCAUUCUUGAUGAAAUCACCACGCAUUUGGACUUCCACACUGUCACUGCAUUAGCUACGGCUCUCUCAUCGUUCAAUGGCGCUGUGCUUCUGAUUUCACAUGACCGGUUCCUUGUUCGGUCUGUAAUCGAGGGCAAACGAGACACCGAUCACAAACUUGAUGAGAAUUUCGAGGGAUUACAGGAGGAAGAAACCGAAGAAACGCCCAGGCGUCGGUCGGUUUAUGUGGUCAAACAAGGCAAGAUAAACGAGCAGAAGAAUGGGGUGGAACAGUUCGAGAAGAGCCUUGUGAAACGAGUGCAGAAGUUGUUACCAGCGUUAUAG